AUGUCCAGCUCGUACGACCGGCGAGACUACGACCGCGACCGCGGGCGCGACCGGCACUCCUCCUCGCGCCGCCGCUCCGCCUCGCCAGACGACCGUCACCACCACUCCUCUUCUUCGCGGCGGGACAGGGACAGGGACUACCGCGACUCGGACAGGGACAGGGAGUCGAAGCGGAGUAGGAGGGACGAGCGGGACAGGGAUGAGAGGAGGGACAGAGAUAGAGACCGCCGGGACGGGUCGAGGGAGAGGGGGAGUAGUAGGCGAGAGAGGAGUGGGAGCAGGGAAAGGUCCUCGAGGGACAAGGACAGGGACAGGGACUCGAAGAGGCACAAGCACCGCGAGACGUCCGAGGAACGCCGUGCUCGCAAGGCCGCGCGAAAGAAGGAGAAAGAGGCAGACGCCGCCCUCCUCCUGCCAGAAGAAGCCCGCCUCGCCGCCGCCGAAGUCGCUUUCUACUCGGCGCAGGAUAACCCGUUCCACGAUGCCAACCUCGGCGACAAGUUCGUUUGGGGCAAGAAGAGGGAGAAGGAGCGCAAGAUGGGCUUGACGCAGGAGGAGGCGCUUCUGCGCGACCGUGAGCGGGCGAUGGAGAGUCAGCAAGAGAUUGAAAGGCUCAACCGACGACGUGCCGAGCGCGAACAAGAAGCCAUCCUGCGCGAGCAAGAGGCGAUGCGGCAAGCGCGCAUGGCCGAGUCGGCUCAGAUGGCCGCCUGGAUCGACAAGGAGGACGACUUUCAUCUUGAGCAGGCGAAGCGGCGCGCUGAGAUCCGUGUUCGCGAGAGGCGGGCCAAGCCGAUCGAUUUCCUCGCGCUCAAUCUCAAGUGGAGUCAGCCGCCGCUGCAACCGGGCGACGAAGGGUACGACGAGCAGGAGGAGGAUGAGGGCGAGGGUCUCGAGGUCGACCUGGAGGAGCCGUACGCGAUCUUUGAACAUCUCACGCUCGAAGACGCCGAGGAGCUUCACGAGGACAUCAAGAUGUACCUCUCGCUGGAGAAGAUCGAGGCCCAUCAAGAGUUCUGGCGGUCGCUUCUGAUCGUCUCGUCCGCUUCGCUUGAGGCACUUCGCGAGGAGCGGCAGAUGGGCAUCACCGCUUACGCCGCCCAGACUCGCGCCAAUGCCUCCGUCAAGGCCGAGAUCACCCGGCUGCUCAGCGGCAAAUCUUACGACCAGCUCGUACAGCUGCAGGGUCAGGUCCAGGCCAAACUCGCGAGCGGCGAGCCGAUCGACGUCGACUACUGGGAAGGCUUGCUCAAGGAGCUCGUCGUGUGGAAGGCCAAGGCCAAGCUGCGCGACAUGCACGAGGUCGUGCUUAACAAUCGUCUCGAGCAGCUGCGGAAGAAGCAGCGCGACGAGGCGCUGCGGUACGCCCAGGAGGUUAAGAGCGCUCUGGUCCCUGCCGCGCCCGAAGUCGAGGAGGAGGAAAUGGAGGUUGAGGAGGAGGAGGCGGAGCCAGAAGGACCUGCGGUCGAGCCUAUCGUCGCCGAGGCGUGGAAUGACGCCUGGGAGCCGCCUCUCAUGAACAAGAUCGCCGACGAGUUCAGGACCUGCCAGGUCCUUGACGCCGCGACUGACCGUCAGAAUUUGUACUCGGCUCGUCGCGCCGUCGCUCAGGCUCGGUUCGUCGUCAAGCAGCGCGCCGGUCCGACCGAGGCCAAAGAGGGCCCCAGCAAGGACGAGGAGAUCUACCAGGCUGCCGUCGGCCAAGGCUUCGACGACGAGGAAGAGCUGUUCAACAUGGAGGCAGAGCUGUCCAGACAGUCCUACACCUGGGAAGACAAGUACCGCCCGCGCAAGCCCCGAUACUUCAACAAGGUGCACACGGGAUACGAGUGGAACAAGUACAACCAGACGCACUACGACUCCGACAACCCGCCGCCCAAGGUCGUCCAGGGCUACAAGUUUAACGUCUUCUACCCGGAUCUCAUCGACAAGACGAAGGCGCCUCAGUACCGCAUCGUCAAGAACAAGGAGAACCCGGACAUCUGCACCAUCGUCUUUUCAGCCGGCCCGCCUUACGAAGACAUCGCCUUCACGAUCGUCAACAAGCCUUGGGAGCACUCGCACAAGCGCGGCUUCAGGAGUUCAUUCGACCGCGGUGUCCUCCAGCUCCACUUCUCGUUCCGCCGCACGUUCUACCGCAAGUAA